AUGAAAUGGAUCAGGGAGAGCAGGGGCUCCCAUCGUCUGGUGCUUGUAGUCGUAUGUGUGGCCCUCUUACUGGAUAACAUGCUUCUUACCGUUGUGGUUCCCAUCAUCCCUACCUUCCUGUAUGCCAUCGAACAUCAGACGCAGAACCGCUCAUCUCUCACCCCCUCUGAGUCUCCAUCAGACUCCACACAGCCCACCUACGCCUCUAUCCUAUCUCUGUACGACAACACUUCAUACACCAUCAGCAACGCCAAUCUUUCCAUCUCUUCUGCUGCACCCAGUGCUGAUGGAGGUCCAGGGAUCCACAAUAGUUCUGCUCCGGGAUGUAAAGAGGACAGUGAGUUUUUGGAGGAGGAGAAUGUUAGAGUUGGGUUGCUGUUUGCCUCCAAAGCCCUGGUGCAGCUCAUUGUCAACCCUUUUGUGGGCCCUCUGACAAACAGGAUUGGAUAUCACAUACCAAUGUUUGCUGGAUUUAUCAUCAUGUUUGUCUCAACAAUAAUGUUUGCCUUCUCAGAGACUUAUGGCUUGCUGUUUUUCGCCCGUUCGUUGCAGGGAAUUGGGUCUUCCUUUUCUUCUGUGGCAGGUCUUGGGAUGCUGGCCAGUGUGUACACAGAUGACAAUGAGAGGGGAACUGCCAUGGGAAUCGCACUGGGAGGACUUGCCAUGGGAGUACUUAUUGGAGCGCCUUUCGGCAGCGUUAUGUAUGAGUUUGUUGGUAAAAUUUCUCCCUUCCUUGUCCUUGCGUUCCUGGCUCUUUUUGACGGAGCCCUACAGCUGUGUAUUCUUCAGCCCUCCAAAAAAUCUCCAGGGAGCGUGGAAGGAACACCAUUGCUUACCCUGUUAAAGGAUCCUUACAUCCUCAUUAGUGCGGGGUCAUUGUGCUUUGCUAACAUGGGAGUGGCUGUAUUAGAGCCCACUCUUCCCAUCUGGAUGAUGCAAACAAUGUGCUCACCAAAAUGGGAGCUUGGUAUGGCUUUUCUACCAGCCAGUGUGUCUUACCUCAUUGGGACGAAUCUCUUUGGUGUACUGGCCAAUAAAAUGGGAAGGUGGUUGUGUUCCAUGAUUGGGAUGCUUAUAGUUGGCAUCAGUCUUCUUUGUGUUCCCUUUGCCAAAAACAUCUAUGGGCUAAUUGGUCCUAAUGGAGGGUUGGGAUUUGCCAUUGGAAUGGUUGAUUCUUCUAUGAUGGCUAUAAUGGGUUACCUUGUGGAUAUCAGACAUGCCUCUGUCUAUGGGAGUGUGUACGCAAUUGCUGAUGUGGCACUUUGCAUGGGCUUUGCUACCGGUCCAUCCACUGGAGGGGCCAUAGUAGGAACAAUUGGCUUUCCCAAUCUUAUGGUGAUAAUAGGCAUUAUUAACAUCCUGUAUGCACCUCUUUGCUUCUUUCUCAAAAAUCCUGCUGUUCGAGAGGAGAAGAUGGCUAUUAUAAAUCAAGAGUGUCCAAUGCGAGUCAAGAGCUACAGAACUCAACGUGAGUGCAGAGAAUUUCCACUGAGUGAUGAGAGUGAAGAGGACACAGAAGAGUGACAUAUAUUCACAAAGGAAUCAUCAAG